AAUUAAUUCCGUCCAAGGAAUCUCUUCCUGGUCAGGUAAUUCUCUCGUAGUUCAGUUGUAGCCGUUGAGACUUGGGAGGCAGGCGACAUGGGUGGCGGGAAGGACGACGGCCACGAUCCCUCCAAGGCGGACAAGGGAUUCCACGGAGGAGGGUACCCGGCCGCCGGUGGAUACUACGGCGGCCAGUACCCCGGCGGCGGCUACCCUGCUCCACCGGGCGGCGGUGCGUACCCUCCCGGGCCUGGGUACCCGGUACCACCUGGUGGGUACCCGCCUCCGGGUGGCUACCCUCAGCCUGGCGGAUACCCGCCGUCGCACGGGGCGUACCCGGCGCCGGGUGCAGGCGCGUAUCCUCCCAGCGGGUACCCCCAUCAACCGGUCUACCCACAGCCUGGCUAUCCAUCGAUGCCCGGUCAUGGUGGCAUGUACGGAGGAGGCCACGGUGCAGGGGGCUCUGCAGGCCACGGGGCGAUGCUGGCCGGAGGUGCCGCGGCGGCGUACGGAGCUCACACGGUGUCCCACUCCCACGGGAUGUACGGCCACGGCCACGGACACGGCAAGUUCAAGCAUGGCAAGUUCAAGCACGGCAAGUUUGGCAAGCACAAGAAGAUGUUUGGCAAGCACAAGAAUAUGUUCGGCCGCAAGUGGAAGUGAUUAACGUACAGCUUAAUCCGAUUCUGGACGAGCAGACGUAUAUAUAUACACUGGAGUCCAGAAUGCUAAGUUAUGCUAUUUUGAUUAUGAUUCGAAUACGGGAGGUUGUUAGGGUUGUGGAAGUACGUACUGACGGCUGCCUGUAAGCUUUGUUGGAGUUGUUCUUGCCGUGUUGGCAGUCCGAAUUAAUUUAACCAUCGGUUGUGUCGAACAGCAUCUCCAGCUGCCGACAAAUAGACGAGAGUGAUCAAAGUUUUUUUUAAAAAAAAAAUCAACAUCGUCGUAUAUUUG